AUGGAGGAUUCUCUUAUGUCCCAGGCAGCCCUCCAAGCUCCUAUUGUUGAAACUGAAGCUUUGGGCUGGGAUAAUAUGGAUCAGUUGGAUGUCCAUGAUGGUAAUCUUACUACUCAAGAGGGAUUUGUGUUCAUUGAACAAGCUAUUUCCGCUUCAAAGGUGAUUAGAAUAGAAAACACUGAGAAACCAGAUUCGCUUCUAAAGAUGUUAAACACUUAUGGGUUUACAAAAACUCACAUUUCAACCAUGAUUUGUAAACUUCCAUCUCUGAUUUUAGCUCACCCAGAGAAAACUAUAAGGCCCAAGAUUGAGUAUUUUGAGUCAUUGGGUAUUAGAGGUCCUGACCUACCUAAGAUUAUCUGUUCAGCCACAUUCGUUUUAAGGCCUAGUUUGGAGAAACAGAUAAUACCCACCAUUGAUUUUCUUAAAGGUUUUAUUGAGACUAAUGAGAAGCUUGUCAAUGUAUUGAAGCAAUCGACCCGUAUAGUUCAAUGCAACUUCAACAAAUUAUUGGUGCCAAAUAUAUCCACUUUGAGGGCUCAUGGAGUGCCAAAAGAGCUUGUUGCAAAGCUUAUAAUCAUGCAAUCUAGAUCAGUUUUGCUGAGGACUGAUUUGUUUGAAGAGGUGGUUUGUGCAAUUAAAGAAAUGGGGUUUGAACCGACGAGUGGAUCGUUCAUUUUGGCCGUUCGAUGUAGGUCAACAAUCAGCAAAGUGAAGUGGGAAAAGAAAAAGGAGGUUCUAAUGAGCUUUGGUUGGUCCGAAAGUGAAUUUCUUUCAGCAUUUAGAGUGCAGCCAAUGCUAAUGCUUUGUUCAGAGAAGAAGAUCAGGGAUGUGAUGGACUUCUUGAUGAACAAGGUGGGUCUGAAGCCAUCAGAUAUUGCUAGAGGCCCAAAUUUAUUUCUGGCUAGUGUGGAGAGGAGAAUGAUUCCCAGAUGUGCAGUUCUGCAAGUUUUGAUGUCUAAAGCUAUGGUUAAGGAAAUAAAUUUAAUUUGUGCUUUGAAUUCAAAUAAACAGUACUUUGAGAAGAAGUUUGUGACUCCGUAUUUGGAAGAUGCCCCUGAAGUGAUUAAGGCAUUCCAGGAGUCUCCUGCUGUUUUCUAUUUAGACUCCGACGAUUUGGUAAGACCAGAUUGGUUUAGCUUUCCAGGAAUUAAGGCUUGUGUGUCUCUACAGACAGCAUUGGUGGCAGAUACAUUUUGA